AUGAAGCUCUCUACCACUGUACUUACCGUGUUUGCACUGGCUACAACGGGCCUGACAACGAAGACGUGUACCCCUAGCUUUGAUUAUUGCUCUGACGUCCUGAUUAAAGACAAAGGGUUCACCGAGGCGAAUCUGAAGGAUGUUUUAAAGGGAUCAGAUCUAGAGAAGGAGGAUAUUAAGAAUGUUCUAUUCCAUUGCAAGAAUCCCGGCGAUGUUGGACACCCCAAGCUUUGCAAGAGUGGAUGCAAAGACCCAGCAACAGAGGGUAGCCACUCGUGCUCAGCAUGA